CGGCCCCCCUCCGCCAGCAACCCCCCGCCCCCGCCUGCCUUUUGAGGGAUUUAGACGCCCAUCCAUCCAGCUCGGAGAGCAGCGGCUAGCACGGGCGCUUGCUAGCUUCUUCUGCUCGCUGCUGAGCUGAGCGGACGGGGCUAGCGAGCGAGGCCGGCCGGCCGCCCCGAUCGCUGCUUCCUUUGCUAUUCCUAAUUUUUCUAUCGGCUGGUGAUCCAUGGACGGCCUCCACACGGAGCUCGCGCUGGGGCUGCUCGGGUGCGGCGGCGGCGGCGGCGACCAGCUCCAGACGGCGCCGUUCGUGGCCAAGACGUACCAGAUGGUGUGCGACCCGCGGACGGACGCGCUCGUGCGCUGGGGGAGGGAGAACAACAGCUUCGUCGUCGUCGACCCCGCCGGCUUCUCGAGGCUGCUGCUCCCCUGCUUCUUCAAGCACAGCAACUUCUCCAGCUUCGUGCGCCAGCUCAACACAUACGGGUUCCGGAAGGUGCACCCGGACCGGUGGGAGUUCGCGCACGAGUCGUUCCUGCGCGGCCAGACGCACCUGCUGCCGCGCAUCGUGCGCCGCAAGAAGCGCGGCGAGGGCGGCGGGGGCGCCGCCUCCUGCUCAUCCGUCGGCGAGGCGCAGUACGCCGCGGCCAGCUGCGCCAUCCGCGGCGAGGAUCACCAGGAGGGCCAAGAUCAGGAGGAGCGGGAGGCGCUGCUCGAGGAGGUGCAGCGGCUGCGGCGGGAGCAGACGGCCAUCGGGGAGGAGCUGGCGCAGAUGAGCCGCCGCCUGCAGGCCACGGAGCGGCGGCCCGACCAGCUCAUGUCCUUCCUCGCCAGGCUCGCCGAGGACCCCGACGGCGUCACGCGCCACCUCGUCGAGCAGGCCGCCGAGAAGAAGCGCCGCCGCAUGCAGCUCUCCUCCCAAGCCAUCUCCCCGCUCCCGCCCCCGCUCCUGGCGCUCGGCGGCAAGGACUGCGACGGCUGGCAGUGGGCGGAGCAGAAGCCGGCGAUAGUCCUCCCCUCCUUCGAGCCCACCUCUAGCUACUGCGCCGUGCAGCAGGUGCCGGAUUUCGGAGGUGGCAACGGCGGCGGCGGCGGCAUCACCGGCAUGGGCCUGACUGCUGACGACACCGCAGUGGAGAUGCCCUUCCCGUUCUGCCUCCUCGGCCAGGGUUUCUUUUAACCUGCUGGUAAAUCAUGCACAUGCACGUUCUACUUCUACCUCGGCCUCUGCUCACUCGUUUCUAGUUACUCCUGAUCCUUGUACUCUGCAAAUUAAACAUUGCUCUUCUUCACAUCGAUAUCAUCCCAUCCGAUCACUAUCGCAAUUGAGCACAGAUCAUUACUGGCCGGCUGCUGUAUCGAUCUGUUGUAUGUAAUCGAAGAACCGAUCGGGAUCGACGAUCAUGUUCAUUAGUCGUCUUUCUAGUAGUAGUUAGGCCUUGCAUUAGUUGGUUCGGUUGGACAUAGUAGUGUAGCGACUCUUCUUGUCCUCCAAGUUUGUAGGGUUUUCAAGGGAUUAAACUAAGCUUUGCCCGCAUUACUUUUGCUGCAAA